AUGCCUUCGUUCGAUGAAAUUAAAGAUAAAGACGCUGGCUCUACAAUGAUGCUGGCGGCCGUCAAUCCAUACUCUUCGUCAUCCAGCAAUCACUUCCAGAUACAAGACGUCACCGAUGAUCCAGAGUACUCAUCGUACGGUAAUGAGGACGAAGCACCGGAAGAGGGGGCACUGGUCGAGUACUGCAGAUUAGAUAAACGGAAACAACCCGGUGUUCCGACGAUCUGCGAUGCGUCGACAGUUGUUUCGACCACGACCCGCGCCACGUUGCAAAAGGGUUUUAAGCAAGAAGUGAAAUACAUUCCAACUGGAUCAAUAAACUUCCAUUCAACACUUCUGAAAGGAUGCUUUCCGGAGAUCUCUGUGUCUGUCCAUUGA